AAAAAAAAAAAAAAAAGCGAGCCAGCUCCAUGACGGGCUGAGGGAUCUGCGACUUUCCACCAGCACUUCUUCUGCACCUCAGACUCACAAAGAAGAGCAAAGAAAGCCUCUCAAAAGUGCUUCCGCGAACCCUGAAAAGGAGGGGCCCCCGCCGUCAACAUGGACGAGGGAUACGAGCUGGACCUGACGUACAUCACGGAGCGCAUCAUCGCCGUGUCCUUCCCCCGGGGAUGCCCGGAAGAGAUCUACGCUCACAACCUGAAGGACGUCACACGGAUGCUCAAGUCCAAGCACGCCGACAAUUACCUGAUCAUCAACCUGUCGGAGAAAAGACACGACCUGUCGAGGAUGAAUCCGAAGACUCUGGAUACGGGCUGGCCCGACAUGCACGCCCCUCCCCUAGAUAAGAUCUGCACCAUCUGUAAAGCCAUGGAGGGCUGGCUCAAUGCGGACCCGCUCCACGUCGUGGUUAUCCACUGCAGGGGCGGCAAAGGGCGAAUCGGCGUUGUCAUCUCAUCUUUUGUGAACUUCACAGACGUAUCAGCCAGUGCUGAUCAGGCGUUGGACCGCUUCGCCAUGAGGAAAUACUACGACGAUAAGGUGUCGGCUCUCAUGACGCCGUCACAGAAGCGGUACGUCUGGAUCCUCAACAGCCUCCUGAGCGGAUCCAUGAAGAUCAACGCCUCUCCUUUAUUCUUGCACUGCGUCAUCCUGCACGGAAUCCCCAACUUUGAGUCCUCCGGAGUAUGUCGGCCGUACGUCAAGGUCUACCAGGGAAUGCAAGCGGUGUACUCAUCGGGAAUUUACCACAUCGGGCCAGGCCACAGGGGGCGGAUCUGCGUCACCCUGGAGCCUGCCCAGCUUCUCAAAGGGGACAUUAUGAUUAAAUGUUACCACAAGAGUGAAGUUUCUCCAGAGCGCGGCGUGAUUUUCCGGCUGCAGUUCCACACGGGAGCGGUGCAGGGCUACAAGCUCAGGUUCGAUAAAGAGGACAUGGAGGCCGCUGACAAAGAUCCCAGAUUUCCAGAGUACGGAAAAGUGGAGCUGGUUUUCUCUGAGGGACCGGAAAAGAUUCCUGGCGCCGACAGAUGGCAGAACGGCACAGACGUUACUGUGGACUACAACACCGCUGACCCGCUGAUCCGCUGGGACUCCUACCAGAACAUCUGUGAUCCCGAAGCACUGCGCUCUCAAGCCUUAAGCCAGGACAAAGCAGCUACCAAGAAGACCCCCAGCGGAGGGGAGACCACACUGGGUGUUGCGGUCUGCACGACCUCCGCCACUUCCAGCCCUGACCACAGCGAUCACGCCCUUUCUGUCAGCAGCGACUCGGGCCUGUCCAGCACCUCCAUCUGGGCAGACAGACCCGCACCUUCGUCCACCUCCGUUACCUCGGUCACCGUCCGCUCCAACCAGGGUCCCAGCCAGCAGGAAAAAGUCCAGCUCCAACGACUGUUGAGUGGAUUUGGAGUAGAGGACCCCUCCCUGGAGGAGAUGGACGAUCCACCCCCAAGGGUGAGCGUCCAUCAGACAGUCCCAGCUCAAGUGCACAUUAAUGGCGUUCCCUCGAGAGGUCCUCAAGAAAGGGAAACGGACAUCCUGGACGAUGAGGUCAUAACGGGCCAGGAUCUGCAUAGCGUGGACAGCUUUGGGACCUUGUCGUCCUCCUGCCACAAGAGCAGCCAGAACUCUCUCCUCUCAGAUGGCUUUGGGAGUCCUGGAGGAGAGGAGAUGCACAGCCAAAGCCAGACUCACCUCCACCACCCGCCACCUUCUCCCAUGGAGGACUACGAGAGACUUUGUAGUGAGGCGAGGAGGGGCCACAUCGGCUCCAGGAGCAACUCUGUCACCACUUCUAACCCCAGUAGCACUUCCACGCAAAAGCAGCAUGUCUACAGACAGGGAAGCUAUUCCACACAGUCGUGGGUCCGCCAGCAGCAGAUGGUUGCCGCCCAACAGUUCAUUUACAUGCCCGAGGAUGGAAAUGAUACAGAAAGGUACCCAGAGAACAAACCAAGGAACGGUUUACCCAAAGAAGGCCUAACCCUGGAGCAGCAGGACUCAGCAACGACUUCUCUGAGUCGCACAGCUCCUCACAAGGAACAGGCGACACUCAACAAUAACAACAACAACAAACGGGACGACGAGUUCAAAUCCCUCACCAUGGACAUCGACAACUCUAUCGAUCAGCUCAACCAGCUCAUCAUGGACCUGGACCCCACUUUCAUGCCGCUCUCCAGCCAAAGCAGCUCCGCCAAGAGGAACGGGGGCACGCACGUCAACGGCUCGGCUUCCAAGUGCCCCAACGGCAUCGACCUGCGGUUCUGCGAGCGCAAAACCCAACAGAUAGCUGUUCAGUCCAACGAAGGGGGUGUCACACGGAGUCUUAGACGUCAAGGAACUGAUCACUCGAGGUUCUGCGGUCCAGGCUGGACGGCGCCGGAGGAAUACGGAAGUCGGAGGACGUACUCGCCCUGUGUGCCGCAGUCACAGCAUCCCAUGUUGUGCAGGAGCGACAGUGCUGACUACAGGGCGCAAGGUCCAGACACAGACAGCGGUGACAUGACUCCACCCACGCCCGCCUUCCCGAUAUCUCCACCGACACCCUACGUGAAAAACAUGUCAGAGUUUACCCAGUCGCUCCGGCAAACUCCACCUCCCGGCAUUCAUUCCUACGGAGGCUUCAGGACAGACCACGAAUCGCAAGGAUAUUCAGAGAUGAUGAAUCAUGCUGGAGUUGACAUUGUGUCAGACUCUACAAUCAACAUCCACAGGACACAAAAUACGACACACUCUGCCUCCGUUCUUGGGUCCCAUCAGCGGACAGGCAGUCCAUCAGUGAACCAGUCUUGGCUGGAGCAUCCGGUCCUGAACCGUCAAACCUCUCUGAACAGCAGGCAAGCCCCCCUGCACUCCACGUCACUGGACUGUGGCCACCAACAUGCCCCGCCGGUGCCUAAUGCCCACAGCUCGCCUCGUAGCGGCCAGCGAAAUCGGAUCGCUCGCUACGCCCUCAGCCACAGUCCCGCCCAAAGCUUCGACGAGCAGGAUGACCUCGGCGGUCUCGGCUACAGUUCCCACUGUCCGACCUCCGCCUUGGUGCUCGGAAACGGGAGUUUGGAAAGGGAUAUCCUUGCCUCCUUGGAUGGGAAUCUGUCACAGACCCUCCAGAUGCAACCCCCACACCUACCUGAGAAGAAGAGGGUAUCCGAUGGAGAACACGGAGGAACCGCCUCCCCGGCCUUGAGCGGAUUCUCAAGUCCACACAGCGGCAGCUCGCUCAGUAUUCCCUUCCCCAACGUCUUGCCCGACCUGUCGGCUCAGACGCCGAGAACGGAUUCACCUCUGCCGGAUGUGAUCGCCAGCAAGCAGCUUACCGUCAAGUUUGUUCAGGACACAUCCAAAUUCUGGUACAAGCCCGACAUCUCCAGAGACCAAGCCAUUUCAGUCCUGAAGGACAAGGAGCCAGGAUGCUUCAUUGUGCGUGACAGCCAUUCCUUCCGAGGCGCCUACGGGCUGGCGAUGAAGGUGGCCACGCCUCCGCCUUCUGUUCUGCAGCAGAGCAAGAAAGGCGGAGAACUUGCCAAUGAAUUAGUGCGCCACUUCCUGAUUGAGUGCACGCAGAAGGGCGUCCGCUUGAAGGGUUGCCCCAAUGAGCCCUACUUUGGAAGUUUAACAGCGCUGGUUUGCCAACAUUCAAUAACUCCCCUGGCCCUCCCCUGCAAACUCAUCAUACCAGACCGAGACCCUCUGGAAGAUGUGGUGGAAAACACGUCACAGUCGGUCACCAACUCCGCUGCAGAACUCCUCAAACAGGGAGCGGCCUGCAAUGUUUGGUACCUGGGCUCGGUGGACAUGGAAUCCCUGACCGGAGUCCAGGCGGUCCAGAAAGCCACCGGCGUGACUCUGAGCGCCAACCCCGCUCCCACUUCCACGGUGGUCCACUUCAAGGUGUCGUCGCAGGGAAUCACCCUCACCGACAACCAGAGGAAGCUUUUCUUUAGGAGGCACUACAACGUCAACACGGUCAUUUUCUGCGCUUUGGAUCCUCAAGAUAGAAAGUGGAAAAGGGACGGCUGCACGUCGGCAAAGAUCUUCGGCUUCGUGGCGAGAAAAAGCGGCACCGCCACCGACAACGCGUGCCACGUGUUCGCCGAGCACGACCCCGAGCAGCCGGCCAGCGCCAUCGUCAACUUCGUGUCCAAGGUGAUGAUCGGCUCGCUGAAGACGAAGUAGGACGGACGG